GGGAAUUGCCUGCCAUCAGAGAAAUUCUGUUGUCGGGAGAGUGCGUCAGCUUGGGCCCUGUUAGAAUCCUGGACCUUUUCUUCUCGAGUACGCUGAACCUAGACCACAUUGAUCAAGAACAUGGCGGAGAAGCCGUCCGUCGCGCGCGCCGUGGCCGAGAUCAGCGCGCUUUGAGAUGGCUCAGAACUUGUUAGAGGCGACUAGAAACGAGUCGCCAUCGCCAUCGCCAUGCCGGCUCGGCCGGGCUAUCCGCGUGCUGAACGUGGCGGAAAAGCCGUCCGUCACUCGCGCCGUAGCGGAGAUCCUCGCGCUUUAAGGCUUCCCUCAACUCGUUAGAGGCGAACGCGUUAGAGGCGAACGCGUUAGAGGCGAACGCGUUAGAGACGAACAGGAGCAAAUCACGAUUCGCGUCGGAAAUCACCCACCAUCGCCAUGCCGGCGGGUCGGCCCCUUCGCGUGCUGAACGUGGCGGAGAAGCCGUCCGUCGCGCGCGCCGUGGCGGAGAUCCUCGCGCGAUAUGGCGGGGGGGAGUCCGGUCGCGCGAGGGACGGUCGGUGUACAACCGGAUCUUCGAAUUCACCUACAUGAUGAGCAACCAGCCGUGCGACAUGGCCAUGACGUCAGUGACAGGCCAUCUCAUGGAGAUGGACUUCCAGGACCCCUUCAGGAAGUGGCAUGCAUGCGACCCCCUGCAGCUCUUUGACGCUCCCGUGUACAAGACCAUACCACAGGAAAAGGCGGCCCUAGAAGUGACGUUGAAGGAGGAAGCGAGGCGCAGCGACCAGCUGGUGCUGUGGCUGGACUGCGACAGAGAGGGCGAGAACAUCGCCUACGAGGUCAUGCAGGUGUGUCUGUCUGCUAAUUCACGCCUGGCAGUCUUUCGAGCUCACUUCUCAGCCCUCGUUGACAGAGACAUCCAUCACGCGGCUCAGAACUUGGGCCGCCCCAACUCCAACUUCGCAGAUGCUGUUGAUGCUCGCCAGGAGAUCGAUCUGCGCAUCGGGGCGUCCUUCACCCGCUUCCAGACCAUGUUGCUGCAGAGCCGCUUCAACCUGCCCUCGCCCUCUGCCGACCGCAAGCUUGUCAUCAGCUACGGGCCCUGCCAGUUCCCCACGCUCGGCUUUGUGGUUGAGCGCUACUGGGACAUACUGGGGCAUGUGGAGGAGCCCUUCUGGGCCAUCCACUGUAAAUACGUUCAACAGUUGCCGCCUUUAGCCACCACUGCUGAAUUCUCCUGGCAGAGGGGCCGUCUGCUCGACCACCACGUUGCUGCAACGCUCUUUGAGAUGUGCAUCGACAACCCCACUGCCACUGUGACAGACGUGUCGGGCAGUGAGCGCCGCAAGUUCCCGCCCUUCCCGCUCAACACAGUGGAGCUGCAGAAGAGAGCCUCGCGGUUCCUGCGCAUGUCAUCAGAGCGCACCAUGAAGGUAGCAGAGGAGCUGUACCAGCAGGGCUUCAUGAGCUAUCCACGCACGGAGACAGACAGCUUUCCCCCCUCCAUGGACCUCCGGGCCCUGGUGUCGGAUCAGGCCAGCAACAGCGCGUGGGGCGACUAUGCCCAGCGGCUGCUGGACCCAGCGGCCAAUCUGUGGAGGGCACCUGGCAACGGCGGGCACGAUGACAAGGCGCACCCCCCCAUCCACCCCACAAGGGCAUCAGUGAACGGGGAACCCAACUGGAGCCCGGAUCACAAGCGGCUGUACGAGCUGGUCGUGCGACACUUCCUGGCAACGGUGUCGCAGCCAGCAGUGGGGUUCGAGACGAUCGUGAGCAUUGAUAUCGCGGGGGAGGCGUUCAGCGCGCGGGGGCUCAUGAUCACAGCUCGCAACUACCUGGAUGUGUACCGCUACGACUCCUGGGGCGCGCACACCCUGCCUGCCUUCCAAACCGGCCAGCAGUUCACCCCCACGGACCUUGAGCUCAGGUCCGGGCGCACCGAGCCUCCACCACUGCUCUCCGAAGCUGACCUGCUGGGGCUGAUGGACAAGGCUGGCAUCGGUACAGAUGCAACGAUGCACGACCACAUCAAGAAGCUGCUGGACCGCUGCUACGCCACCAAGGACGCCAACACACGCUUCAAACCGACGCCCCUGGGCGAGGCACUAGUACUGGGGUAUGACAAUAUGGGGUACGAGCUGUGGAAGCCGCACCUGAGGGCGCUGAUGGAGCGGGACAUGCGGAUGGUCAGCGAGGGGCGGAAGACCAAGGCGCAGGUGCUGGCAGACACGCUGAGAGCAACCAAGGCCGCUUUCAUGGACGCGAGGGAACAGCAGCAGAAGCUGAUCGACGCACUGGCUCUCUUCUUUGACAGAACCAAUGCAGAUGGAGGGGGGGGCCAGGGAGGAGGGGGGGGAGGGGGAGGAGGAGGAGGAGGAGGAGGACGGGGGGGUGGCGGUCAGGUGGUGGGAGCCAUGGGGCCGUGCCCCAAGUGCCGCACUGCACACCUUGUGCUCAAGCAGCGACCGGCGGGAGGCUUCAUGGCAGGAUGCUCCAGCUUUCCCCUCGUGAGUUUUAACGUUCCUUGCCUUCACUCUGUAUGUUCCAAAGCUCCAACGUUCUUGGCCGGGCCUGUUCUGAUCUGUCCAUACUCUCUGUGAGUAUGUGCGCCUCGAGCGCUUGUUGUUGUGGCUGCGAUGAUUCACUGGAGCGUGUGGUGCCAUGGAGCGCUUCUCCUCCAGUGUGUGAUGCACCCCCAUCUCAUCUCUACCUCACUCCCCUCCAUGUCGCCCUUCUCCUGCAAUGUCGUGAGACUAUGUGAUGCGAAUGCCAUCCGCUUUGCUCACGCGGUUCUCUCUCCUCCUCGCAACCCUCUAGCCCCUCCUUCUUGCAACUCUCCUUCUUCCCCAGUGUCGUGAGGCUGUAUAAAUGCCAAACCCAUCUCUACCUCACUCACGCCCUUGCAUCUCUCCGUUCCCUCUGCAGUGUCAUGAGCCUGUAUAUAUAAAUGUCGUCCGCUUCGUCCUCUUUGUCCCCUUCGUUCGCGCAGCUCUCCCAGUUCCUCUCGCCCCUCGCGCCCCAGUUCCUCAUCUUCCCCCCCUUCACAGUGCCGUGAGGCCAUAUGGAUGCCGUCUGCUUUGAUCGAGGCCACUCUUGCUGACUCACACUGCUCCAAUUGCCGCCCAGGCCCCCUCGCAUGCCUCAACCUGCGUUUUCGCCGGUCCGACAUCCCACCACAGUUUGAACCCAUACAGCAAGGAGUGUGCAUCAUUUGCAGUCAAGAUUUCAGGGAUCUCCUAGAAGCAUGUGGGUCAUCCCGCCCCUCCUUCGCCCCUCAAUCCCGCCCUCCCCCGCCUCCUCCCCCGGCAUCUCAUGGCGCAUUCUCCGGUAGUCGCCCCUCCUCCGCUCCCCCCUUUCGAAACCCCACCACCCCCCCCACCACGUCUGCAUCCACAGCACCACCACAAACCAGAGGCCGGGGCCCGGGCCGAGCCUCUGCUGCAGGCCUGGGGAGAGGGAGCCAGGGCCGAGGUUCAGCAACUGGCGGAGCUACCAGGUCCAGUCGAACUGAAGGCCAGGGCCAAACGAGGGGUGGAAGGGGGGGGCGAGGAAGUGGGGGGGCAGAGAGGGGAGGGGGCAGCAGGGGAAGGGGUGGUAGUGGGCGCAGCGGGGCAGGUCGAAGGGGAGGGAGGCGUGUGGUGGGGGCGACUGGUGAGAACAUUGGUUUCGUACGGUCUAGUGAGUUGGUGAAUGGUGGUAGUGGUGCUGGUGGUGGUGGUGGGGAUGCUGGGUGUUACACUUGUGGCGAUCCGUUUCACUGGUCGUAUGAGUGUCCUCUCAAUCAGUAAAUGUCUAAUUGUCAUGGUUGUUUGUAUAUUCGAAUCAUUUGUACAUAAUCAUGCUUCGUUUCUGCUAUGGCACAUUCAUACUGGGCCAUACCCUAGAGUGUUAACUAAAAAUUUCUUACUUUC